UUACUAGCUUAGUAUAAUAACACAAAAGAUUUCUAGUAGCUAGAGAGAGAACAAAUACGAUUGGAGAUCAUGAAUAUGACUAGAGGGUAUGUGAUUCUCAUGUUGUUGAUGGCUGCAGUUGCCCUCUGCAGCCAUCAGCAAGCAGUGGCGAAAAACAUCGCCACCUAUUCACAGUCGCACCCUAGCGCGGCUAGUAGUUGCAGCGAUAGCGAUAAGGGGAAAAUAAAGAAGUGCAUGACAGAAGUAUUCUCUAUAGAUAAAUGUUGCCCUUUAUUUAAGAGGACAAUUGGUGCUAAUUGUGAUUGUUACCAUUAUGCUGAGCAUGUGGAUGAUCUAGCUUUGAUUACUCUUGAAGCUUAUUGUGAUGUUAAGAGCCCUUGUAAGGAGGUGCAAGUGAUAUGAAUCGAGCUAGCAAGGAUGGAGAUGGAAGAAAGUAUUAUUAUAAUGAAAAGUUGUUAUUCUAGUUCUGUAUGAGUUCAACUACUACUAUGUUACCUAAGACUAUGAGCAAUAACUUAGCUUCCUUUUGUAUUA